AAGCAAGAGGAGAAGAUUGUAUGGGAUAUGACUGAGUCAAUGGCAGCACCAAUGAAGAAUGGUGUCCUUGUUGUUCACCAGCAAAGGCCAUAUUUGCCUGUUGCUUUUUCCAUGAUCAACUCUGCUAUUAUGAGCCAGAACUCUCAUGCAAAUGGAUAUUUUGCCCUUGCAUUUUCGGUUUUUCAUUUUGCCUGCCAAUCUCAUGUCAACGUCAAAUGA